GCCCCACCCGUGUCGACAGUGUUUCUCGCACCUCCACGCCACACCCAACCAACAACCAAGCCCCACAUAAGGUAUCCUUCCACAUCGCUGAAGCCAGGCGAAUUCAGUAUCACAAACGGAAAAGCACUUCAUUGCUUGGUCUCCGAACCAGAUUCGUGGCCGUCGCUGCAUAUCCUCUCAUCUUGGAGCGCAAAUUGCAAGAUGUCGCGUGGAGUAACUAGUAUCGUAGCAUUGACCGUGCCGCUGCUCCUCCUCCUCGUACCGCGCGCAUCAGCGGUCGAGGAGUACGGCGUGUGGGACAGCAAGUUCACCGGCACGCUCUCCCUAAUCCAAGGCGAGGACGGCGGGUCGUGCGGCUACGGCAAGACGAACGGCGUGCCGCCCUACAACCUGCCCACCAUCGCCAUCUCCUCCAAGCUCUACGAGAACGGUACCGGAUGCGGCGCGUGUUACGCUGUGCAAUGCGUCAAGUCGCAGAUGUGCCGCCAGGAUAAGAUCGUCGCCGUGACCGCGACCAGCGAGUGCAUCGGCCAGCCGCGCUCCGGAAUCUGCCGGCCCGGGAAAAAGGGAAUCAUCAUGUCGCCGUGGGUGUACGACCAGAUUGUGAAGAACCGCGUCGCAGGGAACAUUCGCGUGCGACUCGCGCGAAUCCCGUGCAGGCGACGUGGCGGGCUCGUGUUCAAGCCGGUCAUGGGAACGGAUUACUUUAUCGGGGUGCUUAUACUGAACGCUGCGGGGCCGGGCGGAAUCGCGUCCGUGCACAUGAAAGUGGGCGCCGCGGGAUGGCAGCCGAUGGCGCGGAAUUUCGGCGGGGUGUGGUCGGUGAGCGGAGUUAAAGUGAUCGGCGUACCGAUCUCGUUUCAUGUCGUCGGUGCGAUCAAGAAGUACAGUGUCACGGCGCUGAACGUACUGCCUGCCACGUGGCGUGUCAACGGGACGUACGUGUUCGCGAAGAACUUCCCGAUUACGGAGUGAAAAUCGAUGCGCUACAUUCUGGCGAAACACUCUCAGUAGUAGUUGUAGUCGGUGACGAUAGUAUGCACAAGGGUAAGCUAGUGGAAACGGGAGCUGGGUGAAGGGAGGGGAGUGGGAAAGAGGGAGAGAUAUGAGAGAGGGAGGCGUUUAUGGAAGAGGGGUUCAAGGGUGGACUCCGGUUGACAAUAAUCACAGAUUCUCUGGGUCUUUUUGUUAGGGCGGGAGCAUAAUGAAUAACGGCUCUUCUUCUCGCAGGCUGGUUGUCUCAGCAUGUUAGCUUUCUUUCUGCCACGUGUUCACACCACAUUGAUACUACCACAUACU